AGUUCGAUCAAGUUUCGCACAGUGAGAAGAAAUCGGAUAAACUUUAUCAAAACUGGUAUUGAUAAUUUAAUUCAACUUGGAUUCUUAAUUAAAGAUCGAUAUCCAAUAAAAUAUCUUUUAAAUUAUAAUUCUUAGAAAAAGUAUAGAGAAAUAUCAAUAAUAUUUAACAAUGAAAAAAGUAAAAGACUGGAACAACGAAACCCAUCACGCUAUAAAUGUUUACGAAAAAGUUCUUGGCAUAAUUGGAGUUUGGCCCUUAAAUGCGGAAGAGCACAAAUCUAUUGCACGAUGCUUCUUAGCUAUUUUGAUUCAGAUCAGUACUAUCGGCAGUCUGUCCCUGGAAGCCUAUCGGCAGUGCCUCGGUACCGAAGACAUGAUGGAAGCCUUUUUAAUGGAUCUCUCGUCUGUCGUCAGCCUCUCCAAGCUACUUGUCGUCCGGUUGACUUGGAAACACACUUACAUCUUGGUAACCUCCCUUAUUGACGACUGGUCGAUACCAUGGGACGCACGACGCAGGGAGAUCAUGACGAGGUACACCAACGUCGGCAGGAUCGUGUCUCUGACAAUAUUGUACCUGGGUUACGCGUCGGGUGUGUCGUUUCUCUUUAUGGCCGUGCAGUUCGACAACUUGAUACCCUGGCUGAAUGCGUCUGAGGCAAACAAUAAUGCCACCGUGUUGCCAACAUAUUUUCUGGCGACUUACUGCGUGUUUGGAUCGUUAUCCGGGAUCGCCCACAGCUGCGUCCUGCUGCUACAAGUGGCGCAGAUUUUUGUCAAUGCCACUUCGCACUGCGGGAACGAUGGUUUCUUCUUCGGUCUCACUAUGCACCUAUGCGGACAGUUCGAAGUACUCCAGAUGGAUUUCGCCGACAUUGAAGUGGAGCAGCGAAUCUGCAAGAGGAAAAUGCGGAUGUUGAUUGGCAGGCAUUGCCAUCUGAUAAGACUGGCUGACAGUCUUGAAUACGCUUUCAACAUGGCCAUAUUCGCACAGACAUUGAUGAGUGUACUGCUGCUUUGCGUGGAAGGUAUUUAUCUUUUUUUCUUACAUAUGGACUUCCGUUUCCGGUGGGAGAAGGUGUACAAUAAGGAAAGUGUGCUCGUAAAGAAGAGAAAAGGAAAAGUAGUGAAGGCAGAGAGGAAGGAGCGGGGAAAGAUGAGUGAGAAGGGCUAA